GCCAUCUAUACAGUGUUUACCAUGGUCAGUGUUUGGUGGUGCAUUUUAUGCCGUGCAAGGGUUAAAAAGUUAUCUUCUUUUUGAAUGAUUGAGUUAUACACGUUUGUAGUCUUAUGAUUCAUGUCAUCUGCAGUUGUUGAUAACGACGAACUGUGCAGGAGGUGUGCUAAGGUGACAGGGAUUAGCAAGACAGAACCGAUUAUAUGGCUUCCAUAGCAGUGCUGACCCGAGCAAUCAGAUCAUGUCUUACGUCAGUGCAGCAUAAACCCAUAUUGAGGGCCACAAACGUCCAUAAGAAAUGCCCAGGGAACUGCACAGGUUUAAUCCAUUCGUCGUCACGCUCCAGUGCUUAUGUGACAAGGCAAAACAUUGGUGUGAUAGGUGUGCCAAUUCAUGAGGGACAGCCUAACAUGGGUGUAAUGUACGGCCCUGACGUCAUCAGGGAGGCUGGGCUUAUAUCAAGGUUGAAAGAAAUGGGGUUGACAGUGAAAGACCGUGGUGAUUUGAAAUAUGAGAAAUUUAGUCAAGACACGACACAGCCAGGAGGAUAUGUGAAAAACUCACGAACUCUCGGCCAAGCAUUACAGAAGCUUUCACAGACCGUGUGCAGCAUAGUGACGGAACACGAUGAGGCGGUCGUGGCCCUGGGCGGCGACCACAGUCUGACCAUAGGCUCCCUCCACGGUCACUGCCAAGCAGAGCCUGAUAUGUGCGUGGUGUGGGUGGACGCUCACGCGGACAUUAACGUUCCCCAUUGCUCGCCCUCUGGGAAUCUCCACGGGAUGGUGCUAUCAUUUCUCGUACAUGAACUGAAAGAAUACAUACCGUAUAUACCUGGCUUUGAGUGGGUCAAGCCAUGCCUGUCGGUCAAUGACAUUGCAUACAUUGGCUUAAGAGACGUGGACAAGUGUGAAAGUCACAUAUUGAAACAGAAAGGAAUAACCUGUUUCACUAUGCACGACGUGGAGAAGAUCGGUGUGGCCGAAACACUGAGUCGAGCGUUGGACAGAAUCAACCCAAAGGGUAAUCGACCUCUGCAUUUGAGUUUUGACAUUGACUCUUUUGAUCCACAAGUUGCCCCUAGCACUGGAACACCAAGCUUUGGUGGUCUGACCUACCGGGAAGGAUUGUACAUCGCAGAGGAACUAGGAUCGACAGGCUUGGUGAACAUGAUCGACCUGGUGGAAGUCAACCCUGAGCUUGGCUCACAGACUGAGGAGGAAAUGACGUCUAAGGCAGCAGUCAAUAUCAUCUGCGCUGCUCUUGGUGAGACAAGGAUGGGUUACGUACCGGAUAACUACCAAAUCCCACCAAAACCUUUAUAGUUCACAACAUCCCCCAUCCUACUAUCUCUUGAAAAACCCACCCAACAUAAGUAAAAAGAGAAAUUAUAUGGGCCGAGCAGUGUUACUCCCGGCUAAUGAACUUACGAAGGUGGAAUGAUUUUAAAGGGAUAGUUGAAGUAAAAUUGAUGCAAGUCUGUAAACUGGCACCAAAGCAGCGCUCACACAAAUUACACUGAACUAUAAUUGCUUCUCUUAACCCAGGUGUAUAUUUGGGAACCUGAGAGGACUGAGACAGUAUUGUAUUUGAUUAACCGCUUAGCACUAUAAUAUAAGCAGCCUCAGGUUAUACGCUCUCCAGAGAGUUGAGAAAGAUUGAGGAAUUUUCAAAGUAUGAACAGGGAUAAUAAUGUUAUAAGGCAUCUUGAUCCAUCUACUAGGACAGUUACCAUAUUAUAAGAAUAAGAACCAUAUAUUAUUAGUAGUAUUAUUUUUAAUUAUUAAUAUGACAAAUGAAUCAUGCAAUUGCUUUUAACUGCUUUAUAAUGACCAAACAUGUAAUUGGAUGCAAAUCUUUUUUAUCAUGGUUGUUAAAUUUUGAUCAACCAUUAUUUUGUCUUCCCUUUAGGGUGUGGUGUUCUCUGAAUAACAGAGUUUUUAUGAUACAGAAUUGCUUUUGUUAGCCUGAUGAAUUGCUUAUAUAUACAUAUAAAAAAGCAGUGGUGUAGUCAAGUACUUAUUAGUUGAGUACCAAAUACUGUCGAGUGCCUAGUACUAAGGUGAUUGAGAUGUACUUGAGUACUAGUACUUGGGCCAUUGAGUAUGAGU